AUGGCUCACAUUGCCUAUCGAGGUGGCCUGCUGCUCCCAACGGUGUCUGAUCGGGUUGCACUGUUCCACGCGCCACGCUUCGUCGAUAGCCUAUCAAUCUACAGGCACGGCAUGUUUGAUUGCGCUUCUCUGAGGAAGGGAUUAGAUCUCUGUUUUGGGUAUAGAGAUGUAAAUGCCAUUUUUCUGUUCAUUUUUCAGGUCACGUGUGCCAAUUUAACUAAUGGUGGAAAGUCAGAACUUCUGAAGUCAGGAAGCAGCAAAUCCACACUAAAGCACAUAUGGACAGAAAGCAGCAAAGAUUUAUCUAUUAGCCGACUCCUGUCACAGACUUUUCGUGGCAAAGAAAAUGAUACAGAUUUGGACCUGCGAUAUGACACCCCAGAACCUUAUUCUGAGCAAGACCUCUGGGACUGGCUGAGGAACUCCACAGACCUCCAAGAGCCUCGGCCCCGGGCCAAGAGAAGGCCCAUUGUUAAGACGGGCAAGUUUAAGAAAAUGUUUGGAUGGGGUGAUUUUCAUUCCAAUAUCAAAACAGUGAAGCUAAACCUGUUGAUAACUGGAAAAAUUGUAGAUCAUGGCAACGGGACAUUUAGUGUAUAUUUCAGGCAUAAUUCCACUGGUCAAGGGAAUGUAUCUGUCAGCUUGGUGCCCCCAACAAAAAUCGUGGAAUUUGACUUGGCACAGCAAACCGUGAUUGAUGCUAAAGAUUCCAAAUCCUUUAACUGUAGAAUUGAAUAUGAAAAGGUUGACAAGGCCACCAAGAACACACUCUGCAACUAUGACCCUUCAAAAACCUGUUACCAGGAGCAGACCCAAAGUCACGUAUCCUGGCUCUGCUCCAAGCCCUUCAAGGUGAUCUGUAUUUACAUUUCCUUUUACAGUACAGAUUAUAAACUAGUACAGAAAGUGUGCCCCGACUACAACUACCACAGUGACACACCUUACUUCCCCUCAGGAUGAGGAUGGACAAGGGGGUGAGACUGAAGCCGGAGGAAUUUAAGGUCAUAUGACAGGGCUGUUACCUCAAAGAAGAAGGUCACAUCUGUUGCCUAGAAUGUGUCUACACUGCUGCUCUUGUCAACUGGCUGCAAAUAAUGCUAGUGGAAAACAAUCUGAUGUAAUUUCUGCCCAGUCAGCUUCAUCUCUCACUACAGUUAUAAAUCACCACAGAUUUUAAAGUCACACUUGAAGACAUGCUCUCACAUAUAGAGGUACACAAGCACACAUUCAUGUACAUUUCAGCUUGCAUCCGUCAUGGUUCCUGUUGAGAGGGCUUUCACUUGUCUGACUCAUAAUGGUUUAGGGUAUACUAUGAUCAAACAAAAGGAUUAACUAGACAGAGAAUGUUUCUAACACUCACUGUUGUGGAAACCUCUUUUUAAAGUCUUGAGUCCAUGCUAAUCAAUAAUUGCCACUCAUGCAUUCCUACUGCUUGGAGUAGCUGUACUGGUAAAUACUACUGUAGGAGUAUAUGCUUGUUAAAAUGGAAAAAAAAUGUGUCUUUAGAGCUCAGUAUUCUUUAUUUUAUGAACACAACAGUGUAGUAACCUUUUCGAGCAUAGAGUAGGCACAUUCAAGGUGAUCCAAGAUGGCUCUUUUUUCUAGGGAGGGAGCCUGUUCUCAGUAAAGAUGAGCAAACAUUUGGAAUUUACAUGUGGGUAGACAUGGGAAUAACAGCUUUCAUUGCCAACAAUGGACAUUUGUGAAGUAGAGACCAGCUAAGGCUGUUUAAAUAAGUUCUGAUCGUUAGAUAAAAAGGGAAAUGCCUGGCAGACACCAUGUAAGUUAUAAGUGUCUGUCUUAUCUUUACUACACAUAUUGUAACAAAUUCAAUAUCCUAGUCUUCAUUUGUAUGAAUGGUUUGUAUUGUACAUAGUUUAACCAAGUGUUAUUUGAGCUGCUUAUUAAUAUUAAAUUGUACUUGUCUCUGCUUGUUAUUGGUUAAAAAAGAAAAAAAAAAGGAUCUGAGGAAUCCAUUUUAUCAAUGUAGCCGUGAACUCCAUUAAAAAGACAAACUUAAUGUACAAAGCAUUUAUUCAGCUCAAGUAUUGUUGAAAGCUAUACAUAUACAACAUUACACUGUCUGUAUUUAGAUAUUUU